UUGAGUAAAACAGAACACGAAACGAACUCACAGAGAAAAUCUUUGAACACUUGUUUUUACUUGCGCGUGUUUUCUUAGAAAAUAAGACUGUAUACUCAGUUUACUGGUUUGAUUUAGACAGGUGACUGAUCUUUAAAGGCGAGUUAUGUCAUGUGUCCUCUGUUUCUGAAGAGGAGAAAAACUUCAAUGGUUGAAUAGGUUGGCUGGUCUUCCCCUCUAUUGCUGCUGGUAAGGUGUUUCGAAGUAAGCCUAAAAUGAGCAAUAUUAAGCUAGGCGUUGAAGUGAUAAGCGCACAGGGUCUGUUUCAGAGAGACAAGCAUAACUCAUGUAGCCCUUUCGUGGAGCUCAAGUUCGACAACCAGAUAUUUCGCACGACGACAAAACCCAAUGACCCAAACCCUGUCUGGCACGAGUGUUUUUACUUCGUUGUCUCUGAUCCUUCCGUCUUGUCAAAUCGUACACUCGAUGCCCAUGUCUACAGCUACCAGAACGAAUCCGAUGCUAAGCCCUUUCUUGGCAAAGUUCGAGUCAACGGGACAUCUUUUGUUCCUCACUCUGAAGCAGCUCCUUUCAAUUACCCUUUAGAGAAACGCAGUGUUUUCUCUCGAGCGCGUGGAGAACUUGGCUUGAGAGUUUUUAUCACAGACGAUCCUUCUAUAACACCUUCUGUCCCAACCCGAGUUCCAGAACCUCCUCAAGCUUAUAGCCCAAGUCCGCGUAAAGAACCUGUGAAAUCCGUAAUCACAGCUGAUGCAAGUAUGGCUACGGAUGAGAGAAUAGGGACAAAGCCUAAAACACACACGUUUCAUAACGUUUCCCCUUUAGUGAAACAACAGCCAAUGGUGAAUUAUGGCAUCCACGAGAUGAGAGCUGGACCAAUGCCUCCAAGAGUGGUUCAAGUCAACAGUCCAGGUCCAUCCUUGCACCAGUUGCCACCAGAUUUCUCUGUCAAAGAGACAAGCCCUCUGCUCGGAGGUGGACGGAUCGUUGGAGGACGAGUGGUUCGUGGUACACAGAGGCCAGCAAGUGGCACAUAUGAUCUCGUCGAAGAGAUGAGAUUCCUCUACGUGAGAGUUGUGAAGGCGCGUGAUCUUCCAAACAGAGACCUUACAGGAAGCCUAGACCCGUAUGUCGAAGUAAAGGUCGGAAACUUCAAAGGUGUUACCACGCAUUUUAACAAGAAUUCAGAUCCGGAGUGGAACCAAGUCUUUGCCUUCGCUAGAGAUAAUCUUCAGUCGAAUUUUCUUGAAGUUGUGGUGAAGGAUAAAGACAUUGUCCUUGAUGAUUUUGUUGGGAUCGUUAAAUUCGAUCUCAAUGAGGUUCAGUCUCGUGCUCCUCCGGAUAGCCCUUUAGCUCCCGAGUGGUACAGAUUGGAGAACAAGAAAGGCGAGAAGAAGAAUUAUGAGAUAAUGCUUGCUGUAUGGGUUGGAACUCAGGCUGAUGAAGCUUUCGGGGAUGCGACUUUUUCAGAUUCAUUGGUAUCUUCAGAUAGCUCGAAUAUUAUAUCCGCUAACCUGCGCUCAAAAGUGUACCAUUCUCCUCGGCUAUGGUACCUAAAGGUGAAGAUAUUAGAAGCUCAGGACGUCAUCAUCAUGUCUGACAAAUCCCGUCUUCCUGAGGCCUUUGUGAGAAUCAAGAUCGGUAAUCAGAUGUUAAAGACUAAAGUUUCUCAGAGAAGCAUGAAUCCGAAAUGGGGCGAUGAAUUCACUUUUGUAGUUGCAGAGCCGUUUGAGGAACCCAUGGUCAUCUCUGUCGAAGAUCAUGCUGCUCCUAACAAAGAUGAGCCAGUAGGAAAAGCUGUGAUUCAUCUGACUGACAUUGAGAAAUGUACAGAUGAUAGAGCCCAUGGUCCUCAUCAUGGCCGUUGGGUUCAUCUCGAAGACUCCAUCUCAGACGCUAUGGAUGCUGAUAAAGCCAAGAAAGUGAAAUUCGCUAGUAGGCUCCAUUAUAGGGCUGUUCUUGAUGGAGGCUACCACGUUUUUGAUGAGUCCAUGUAUUACAGCAGCGAUCUCAGACCAUCAGCGAGACAGCUCUGGAAAUCACCAAUCGGAGUCUUGGAGCUUGGGAUACUUAACGCAAAUGUGUUCCAUUCGAUGAAAACUCGGGAUGGGAAAGGUACUGCAGACACUUAUGUUGUUGCCAAAUACGGUCACAAAUGGGUUCGAUCACGAACAGUAAUCAACAGCGUAAAUCCAAAGUACAAUGAGCAAUACACAUGGGAGGUGUUUGAUCCUGCAACGGUUUUAACCAUCUGCGUCUUUGACAACGGGCAUUUUGCAGCUGGAAACAGCGGAAACAACAGAGAUCAGCCGAUUGGGAAAGUACGUAUUAGACUCUCAACUCUUCAGACGGGCCAUAUCUACACCCACGCUUACCCUUUACUUGUUCUACAACCUCCUGGUCUUAAGAAAAGAGGGGAGCUUCACUUAGCCGUGAGAUUUACCUGCACAUCGGUCUCCAGUAUGCUUAUGAAAUACACCAAACCUCUGUUGCCUAAAAUGCAUUACAUACAACCGUUACCUGAAAGCCAACAGGAACAUCUAAGGGCGCAUGCUUUCAACAUAAUUGUGACUCGUUUAGGCCGGUCAGAGCCACCGCUGAGACGGGAAGUGGCUGAGUAUAUGGCAGAUUCGAGAAGUCAUUUGUUCAGCAUGAGGCGAAGCAAAGCCAACUUCAAUAGGUUUACGUCGGUGUUCUCGGGUGUGGUCUCGGUGUGGAAAUGGAUGGAACAAGUGUGCACGUGGAGGACUCCAGUGACGACGGCUCUGGUGCACGUGCUGUACACGAUGCUUGUGGUGUUUCCAGAGAUGAUAUUGCCGACUGUGUUUCUGUAUAUGGCUGUGAUUGGGAUGUGGAAUUACAGGUUCAAGCCCAGAUUUCCUCCUCACAUGGACGCCAAACUAUCUGGUGCAGAGAGUGUGAAUGCUGAUGAGCUCGACGAAGAGUUUGAUACCUUCCCCACCACAAAAGCUCCGGACUUUGUGAAAAUGAGGUACGACAGGCUGAGAAGUGUAGCCGGAAAGGUUCAGUCGGUGGCUGGAGACAUAGCGGCACAGGGAGAGCGAGUGCAGGCGCUGCUGAGCUGGCGUGAUCCACGCGCAACAGCUAUAUUCGUGACAUUUUGUUUCUUCAUUGCAAUGGUUCUCUACAUCACCCCUUUUAAACUCGUGGCCCUCCUCUCUGGCUACUACUUCAUGCGACACCCUAAGUUCCGGUACCGCAUCCCCUCCGCUCCCUUCAACUUCUUCCGGCGACUUCCGGCCAUGUCCGACUCUAUGUUGUGAAUCUUCUUUCUAGAUAGAGGAGGAGUCAACAAACAUGUAUAUAUUUAUAUAACUCUAUAUCUUCAUUUUCGAAUCUUUUUGAGAAAUCUUGCAUUCAUGAAUCAAAAAUUUAUUAUAUGAUC